GUGAUAAGAGAGCCAGCCACCAGUUGACGCUUGUUAGUGGUGGUGUGAAGACGGUGCUCGGCUGCCAAGGUCUAUACUUAAUGCGGAGCUCGACUCAAGAUGGCUUGCCAAGGAUCUCCUGCAGACCUCGGAAGUGGUUGUUGGUUCUGCUGGCCUUGAUAUUCCUUUCUCCUGCUGGAGGGAGCCUCGUGGACGAUUCGCGCCCGUGGGAGUAUCACCUGAAGGAUGUAGUACCCAGCAGCAGCCCUGAAGAACAGACGAAAGCAGUGGAGGGACUCUUGCAGCGUUUACUGCAGGAGCGAGCCAAGGACUUCACCCUGAGCGUCGACCCCAGCCUUGGCCCUGCAGGGAAGGAUACGUUUGUGGUGAGGUCACCAGGUGCCAACACCAGCGUGGAGGUGACUGGAAGCAGUGGUGUGGCGGCGGCGUGGGGCAUCCUACACUACCUCAAGUACUACUGUAAGGCCCACGUCUCUUGGGAAGCCGACCAACUCAACCUGCCCGACGUGUUGCCACCGGCCACCAUCAACAUCACUUCUAAUGACAAGUUCCGCUACUACCAGAACGUGUGCACCGUGUCCUACUCUAUGGCCUGGUGGGGGUGGCAGCGCUGGGAGAGGGAGAUCGACUGGAUGGCACUGAAUGGCAUCAACUUGCCCCUGGCGUUCACGGGACAGGAGGCAAUAUGGCACCGUGUCUACACCAAGAUGGGCCUCACACAAGCCGAGCUGGAUGAACAUUUUGCUGGACCAGCUUUCCUUGCUUGGGGUCGCAUGGGAAACAUCCGGGGCUGGGGAGGCCCGCUCUCCGCCGCCUGGCACAACGAGACGGUGGCGCUGCAGAAGCUCAUAGUCGCCAGGAUGCGACAGUUUGGCAUGAUUCCCAUUCUCCCCGCUUUUGCCGGCCAUGUUCCUGCUGGUCUUGCCAGGGUUCAUCCAGAAGCCAAUAUUACUCGCCUUGGACCAUGGUCACACUUCACGGACCCCUACACCAGGACAUUCUUGCUGGACCCCAACGAUCCUCUCUUCCAGACCAUCGGCUCAGACUUCAUUCAGGAGGUCACUUCUGAGUUUGGCAGCGACCAUUUCUACAACUGUGACACCUUUAACGAGAUGACACCCACGUCUAGUGACCCUGAGUACUUGAGGAGUGUUGGUGCUGCCAUCUAUAGUGCCAUGGCUGUAGCCGACCCCAACGCCAUCUGGGUGAUGCAGGGAUGGUUGUUUCUGAACGACGGGUUCUGGCAGCUGCCGCAGGCCGAGGCCCUCCUCACCUCCGUCCCUGUUGGCCGCAUGCUGGUGCUGGACGUGGCCUCGGAGGUCAGCCCACAGUAUAGCCGCCUUCAGUCCUACUUCGGCCAGCCGUUCAUCUUCUGCAUGUUGCACAACUACGGCGGAGUUAACGGCCUUUUCGGCAAUGUUGACAUCCUACUGAAGAACAUGGAAGCUGCCAGGAGCUUCCCCAACGUCAGUAUGGUUGGCACAGGACUCACCCCAGAGGGAAUCAAUCAGAAUUACGUCAUGUAUGAUUUCAUGAACGAACUCGGGUGGAGGUCAACGUCUCCUAAUGUUUCCACUUGGGCAUUGGACUACGCCAGUAGGAGGUAUGGAUCUGAUGACCCACGUCUAGGCCAAGCCUGGCAGCUCCUUAUGAGGAGCGUGUACAACAACAAGAUCCACACAUCCAACCAUGGACAGUAUAUCGUCGUUAUUCGACCACAAAUUGAUGUCAAACCUGAUACGCUAUGGUAUUCGGUAAGCGAUGUCGUCGCCGCGUGGGACCGCCUCAUCGCCGUUGCUAAGGAAGAGAAACAAAGCUUGAACCUUGAACCUCGUCGGCUUUACACAGCAUAUAAAACCACACAGAAUGACCCGAGAAUCAAAACAUACGACGGAGUAUUAAACCCUCACCAAAAUAAACAAGAAGUUGUCCAUAACAGCAUAAGGAUAUCCAGACGCUCAGCCGUUGAUGUUAGUGAGGGCGCCGCCGUUGACGUCAGUGAGGGCGCCGCCGUUGACGUCAGUGAGGGCGCCGCCGUUGACGUCAGUGAGGGCGUCGCCGUUGAUGUCAGUGAGGGCGCCGCCGUUGACGAGGGUGGAGUCAACAGGAAGCUGGUUGCAUCAGAGCCGGAAGGGACAAGAGGGAGAAUGAUAGAUGAAAGUGAGGAGAGGAGAACUAGAAUCAAAUCAGUAAUUGAACAAUCUACUUUCAAACAUGAUUUAGUUGAUGUGACAAGACAGAUAUUGCAACUGGUUGGUGGAGAGAUGGUGAUCAGACUGGUGCAGAACUACAAUAAUCAAGUUCUGCUUGCUGUUCAAGAGUCUCACAGCCUUCUGCAGCAACUUCUGACGGAACUGGACCUCUUGCUGGGGUCCUCUCCUAACUUUCUCCUGGGGAGCUGGGUGGAGGCUGCCGCCGCUUGGGCCACCAACGAAAAGGAACGUGACCAGUACGUAUUCAACGCCCUCAACCAGAUUACCUUGUGGGGUCCCACGGGAGAGAUCCACGACUACGGUAUCAAGCAGUGGUCAGGUCUGGUCGCAAACUUCAUAAAGCCUCGCUGGGAGCUCUUCUCUGAAACCCUAGAGAAAAGUUUGAAACAAGGCGAGCCUUUCGACGAGGCUUUAUUUAACUGGGACCUGUUCACGUCUGUUGAAGAUCCUUUUACCAAAGAUACUAACGCUACUUUUCCCUCUGUCCCUAAAGGAGACUCGAUUGAGAUUGCCGUGGAGCUGUACAACAAAUACCGACCAAUUUUUGACUCCCGUCUGUUGCGACUGUUCGAGCGAAGAUAUCAACGGUCUCUCCGUCCAUUUGUUAAGAAGACGAUGAUCAAGACAAAGAUUAACAAGGACAAAAUUGGUAAACAUUUGCGAGGGAACUCUGAGAUUAAGAACGUAGGAUCUAACAAAAUAUUAAUUUAAAAAUAACAUCGACAAAGGUGUUAUUAGAAACAGUUUUGAGGAAGUUGAUGAUUGUCAAGUUUUUUGUAUUGUAAACCACAAUAAUGUGGGAAUGACAUUUCAUGCAGUCGGGAAGGCGAACUACCGCCCUGUGAGCACUCUACCUAAUGCAGUAGUUUCAAAGCGUUAUAUGACAAAGAGUGCUGGGAAGACGGCACACCACGAGCGUAGCUCUCAUCCUGUAACUACACUUAGGUAAUUAACACUUAGGUACAGUAAUUACAACAACGUCCAUAACAGGAAGAAGAAUAGUAGUAGUUAGAUUAGUUCAUUUAUUAUGCACCCCAUACCCAUCCUUAUGGGGUGGGAAAGGGUUUCUGAGGCACAUAAUGGGCUCAGGGACUGAAUCCCAAAAUGCAUUUAGCUAAGCAAGUUAGUUUUCAUGAGCUAGUUAUAAAAAUCAAUGUAAAUCGUCACACCAACAGAGGGAUGGCUGUUCGCUUUCCCGACAUUCCAAAUAAGGUUAUUGUUAUUCUGACGCUACUGUGGUCUGCAGGGUAUGUGAUUGUUGCCAUGGGGACUGAAUACUACUGGCUACUUCUGGUACAUGUUAUAUAUUCGCAUAAACAGAUUCUCGCUAUAGUUUGCUUUGAGGCUUCCAUUUGUACCGCUAUAUAUUCAUUUAGAUAAAUCCUGAUAGUGUUUGCUUGAAAUAAAUGACAAAUACAGAGCAA